GAGAAAUUUUGAAUGUUUCUACCUUAUAUUUUUUCAAAGAAAAAGACAAAGAAACAAUGGAGAGAGCAAGGGAGGCAACGUGGACACAUUAAAGCAAGAAUAAAAUUUGUGGGUGUUAAGCAUUGCCAGCCCCCUUAACACCAAAUAAGAAUUUAGUGCUUCUUGCCUUCCACUCCAAUGGCUACUCUGUUGGGUCCUCUUUGCAGAGGAUUCAUCUCACAACAUUUAGAUGCCAAAUCAACAUUCAAUCCUCAUGAGGCCUUUCCAUUAGAUAAGAAGCCCCAUCAUCACCAUCAUCUUCUUCUUAUGAAACGAAAAAAGCAACUAAUCAAGUCUAUUAACGUCGCCGAUGUUACAGUAACACUCACUUCAGAUCCACCUCAGGUGGAUAUCACUUGGCAAAUUGUUGUUGGCUCUUUGGCCGGUGUGACACCUUUUGUGGUUGCGGGGGUGGAGUUCAGCAAGAGAAUUGUAAAACAGAGGAAAUGUGAAGUUUGUGGGGGUUCAGGACUAGUUCUCAAGAAGAAGUUUUGUAAGCGAUGUCCUAGUUGUGGCGGAUUUCUUCCCUGGCAGUCUUGGAGAAGAUUCUUCACUGGUUAAUAAUGUAUAGUUUGUGGAAGCUUCAUGCCAAGUUUGAUGAUUCACCCUACCCGUAAUAAAACAUAUCUUUAGUUGUAUACUACAUUAGUACUCGUAAACAAAAUUUCUCUGUGGAUUUACAUGUAUAAAUCAAGCAUCUUUUGACCUUACUUGUAUUCAAGCCAAUUACAAAGUUGCUUGAACACUAGAAGCUUGAACAACAUUUUAGCGGUUCUUAAAAGAAAGGCAGCUGUGUAUACUAAGCUCCUGCUAGGUGCGGUGUUUGAGGAAAGGCUAGACUACGACGAUUUAUCGUAUGCAAUCUUACCUUUCAUUUCUAUAAGAAAUUAUUUCUAUGGCUUGAGCCCA